CACAGCGCCGACACCACUGUCACAUGUGCUCCACAAUGGCAAUGAUGUCGAGCUUCUCCCAAGCCCAGUUCAAAGUUGCCAGACGUCUGUUCCCGAGCCCGUUCUGCACGGCACUAGGAGCAGGAGGAGGGGGGGGGGGCUUCAUGAUCGCCAGCACAUCAAGCGAACUGCAGUUGCACGUGAUUGACAGGAUUCGAGGUUGCCUGUACGGGGAGGUGCUUCGAGCUAUGGAGGUUUCGCGCGGAGGUUUCUAUGCUAUCAAGCAAAUGAGCCUCGAGAGGAUAUCAAGCAUGGCUGGACGUCAUUCUUGUGAAGAUCCGCUGCACGAGGUUGCCAUUCUCCAGUUUUUGAAAGCUCAUGGAUCGCACCCGAACGUCAUCGAAGUUGUCGAGGUGCUCCGAGACGAAGAGUACAUCUAUGUCGUCCUGCCGUUCUGCGACGGGGGGGAGCUGUAUAGCCGAGUGUCCCACCCUAGCACAGGGCUAGGGCCGGCCGCCAGCACCGGGUUGAACGAGGACGUCGCGCGGCCGAUUAUUCGUGGCCUGCUUGCCGGCAUGGCCUUCUUGCACGGGCACCAGAUAUGCCACAGGGACGUGAGCCUCGAGAACAUCGUCCUGACCGUGUCCGGUGAGGUCAAGAUCAUCGACUUCGGCUUGGCGCUCAGGUCCGGACAGCACCGGCCGCAAGGCCGCACGGCCCAAUUCGACGGUGACAACCAGCUCGACGUGCGCAGCAUCUCGCCUACGGGGCAUUUCGGGAAGAAGAACUACACGAUGAACGAGGAGGACUACAAUGGGUUCGCUGUGGACGUCUGGGCUCUGGGGGUCGUCAUAUUUAUCACGCUCGCAGGGAUCCCUCCCUUCCACAUCCCGAUCCCCGCACGGGACCACCGCUGCCACACCAUCGCCGUCGAGCGCGGCUUGUUGGAGGUCGUCAGGCGGUGGGGGCUAACAAUGUCCGACGAGGUGGGCGUGUAG